CGAUACGUGCUGCUGAAAUGGAACACCCAAACAAACAAGAUGGCGUGCAUGUGCCGUGUGUUACUGUUGUGGACCUUGGUCAACGCGAGUUUCUUGGCGCUUUCCGAAGGCCAACAAAUUAUACGAGCUAGUCAAUGUACAUAUUAUGGGAGUGGAAGGGUGCCAGAGGAAGCGUACAGUCUGUCUAACUGCACUUGGUUUCGAGAACGCUCUUGUUGCAGACACACUGAAGUUACAUCAGUCUUCAAAGGGAUGAUGGCCCUAAAUGAAGCAAGUCAGGACUGUCGCAACCACAUGAACUAUCUGAUGUGCUACUUUUGCAGUCCAGAGCAAGAACGCUGGUACAAGAACAGUAGACUUCAUGUUUGUGAAUCUCUUUGUGAUGCAGUUUAUGAAAAAUGCAAAGAUUCCUCCUUUCAGGGCAAGGAAAUAGGAGCAGAAUAUUCCAAUGGUAAAGAAUUCUGUGAAGCACAGUUCUUUCAUGUUGUGAAUUCCAAGGACCAGGAAUGUUUUGACUUUGAUAGUGGCCUGUUUGGCACGGCAUCCUGUUUGUCAACAUCUUCCACCGUCUAUGUGGCAGUUUCCCUGAUUUGCCUCAAGUAUUGGCUAUAGCUUUAUAAAUUUGCUCUUACCAUAUAUGGAUCACUUUAUUGAUUUGAAUUUAUUCAAUUGUGUUGAAUAGUCUCAUGAAUUACAUCAAAGCCUUGCAGUAACUCAUGCAAAUAAGAUUACUGAAAUGCUGUCUCAAUUCUCUUUUCUCUCAUUGUAAAUACUGAAACAAAGUCACCAAAAGUUUCUAAUGAUAGUGGCUACAAAGUGUACUUAUUUUAAAGAGUUACAAUAUGUCUAAUGUUUUAAUGACAUUAUUUCCCAACUAAGGCAUGUUAUAUAGUACUGUAUAAAUAAACUUCUUAUACAUAA